GUUGAAGUGCAGUAAAAAUUCCCUCCAGAUGUGUUAGGCAAGCCGCACCGCUAUUGUCAUUGGUUGGCGAGCACUGGAGGCGAAGUCUGGUUGGUUGAAAGUGAGGCGUGCACGUGAUUGGAGCAUCGCGUCACAGUCUAGAAAAAGCACGGUUCUGAUUGGCUGGAUGACGCACCGGGAGAGAGCGUGUUAGCCAAUCGCACGACUCGCGUCCAACACCGUUGCCGUAGCCUUGUUCAGUUCUAGCCAUGGCUGCAAACAUGAAGGAUCCUAGAACGUUCUUUACCUCAGGUACUCCUGCUCAGUACGAGUAUGUGUACAAUUUAUACGAAGAAGCUGUGAAAUUGAAGGCUAUUCAGAAGAACAAAAAAGUCGCUGAUUAUUUAAAGCUUGAUAAAUGGUUUCAGAAUGAGCUGCCAAAAAGAAUAAAGUCUCGUGGAAAAGACGCUCAUCUCAUCCACGAGGAGCUGGUGCAGUGCAUGAAAUGGAAGCUCGCAAGAGGAAAGUUCUCCCCAAGAAUAAAAGAUUUGGUGCAGAUGAACACACCUCGUCUUUGCAUCACAGAAACUAAGAAGGCUUUCAGGGCCUUGCUCAAGAAAGAUGACUUAUCCUCUGCCAUACAGGCCCUCUGUAACCUCAAAGGAGUGGGGCCAGCCAUGGCGUCUGUUAUGCUGACAGCAGCUGAUGCCGAGCAGUGUGGCUUCAUGGCAGACGAGUGUCUGCUUGCCAUCCCUGAGAUUGAGAGCAUCGACUACACCACCAAAGAGCUUCUCAAUUUUGUCGACCAACUUAAAUCUGCUGCCACCAGGCUGAACAACAGUGGAGGUAGCGGCUGGAACGCGCACAAAGUAGAGCAGGCGCUGUGGGCGCUGUUCGUUCUCAACGACAACAAGAAGGAGCUGCUCGACGACAUGCCUUCAUCUGAUGUCGCUGCCUCGUCCUCCUCCUCACAACCUGCUGAGAACGGCACCGAUGCUCCUACACACAAAAAUGGGGACAACGAAAGCAGUUCAGAUUCCGCCGAUAGCAACGCCAACAAAGAGAACGUGACUCGCAACGGCGCCCCGAGACCCGAAGAUGACUCCAAUGAUUCGCUACCGUCCGCGGCGCCCGCCACCAACGACACUAAAAUGCUCGGUGUUCAGGAAGACACAAAUGACUCGGUUGCCAGUAGCGCCUGCAGCAGCAGCGGUGGUGCCCAGCGGCCCGAGGAUGAUGAAGAUCUCGACAGUAAAGGGGAAGAGGAUAGUAUGAACGCCGUCUCGCCUUCCAACCAAAUAUCCGAGGACACUAAUGACUCUGUUACGGCCGCUGCUUCUCUCACCAAUGGCAGCAACGGCGCCUCUAAACCUGCACAGCCACUCGAUGACGACGACAAUUCACUUCCACAAGCUGUUGACAAAAACGAAUCCCAAGACGCACUUCAUCCUCCCUCUCACGAGGCACCAUCAGCUGAAGAAGAACCUGCUGCUAAGAAAGCCAAGCUAGCCGAGUAAUUAUUUAAUUAGUAUUUAUAUUUAUAAAACUUGAUAGAAAAAAUUCAUAAAAACUAAUCAUUUAGUAGUGCUAGUGAUGAACCAAUUAUUUCUUUUUUUAGAUUUGUACAGCACUGUGGGUUAUCACGAAAUAGAAGUGUGGAUGCUAUUUUUGUAUGCGCUUUCUCUAUUGUUACGAAAAUAACUGGCAGGUUCAUUGCGCUCCUCGUCGACUGAAAACUUCCCUUCUUUAUAAACACCAGAAUUUCCGUUUCUAAACCUUCAACCAUGCCUUCGUUUCUGCCAACCAAUUAGCAACUAGUGUGAGCUUCUGUGCAAAAAUCGUGACCGAGUACUUCUGCCUAAAAAAUGAAUUUACAUGCUUAUCAUUGUGCUGUGCUCGCAAGGUCUAUUGAAUUUAAUGUUUUCUCUCAGUUGCUCCUCUGCUGUAGAAGUUCGGAUAAUGGCAUUACUUUGAGGUUCUACUGAACUAUUGAUAACUACAUUCCACUUCUACUGCUCUCAGUCGUUUCUUAAUUCAGCCUGCCUGCCCUCCUUGGCUUUGCAUAACUGAAUUUUCAUCUAACUAUUGCGUUGCCUGAUAUUGACUUGCAUUAUUGAAAAAAAAACUAUCAUAAAUUUGGUGACUUAUUUUUAUUUUAACAAAAAAAAAAUAAUACAGAGAGAUAAUCUUUAUUAUUGUGUUUGCAUUUCAACAAAUCGUAAUUCAAAGUAAAAUGACUUGAAGAACGUAGUAUUCGGCUAUGAAAUGCACCUGGGGUAUGAACUUGACGUUAUCUUGAUCCGCUUCGUCUUGAGCUGAUAUUUACUGGGAGACCUAAGAUGUUAGCUUUACUUCAGUAGUUUCAAUUUUAUUUUCUUCUGCGUGGACGUGCACUCACGUCCUAGAUUCCAACAGAGAUAAGAGCUUUCUUGCUGUGGGUUCACAAUCUUGGUUUCUCAAAAUGAAUGAAACUUACGAAAGCGCGUAUCUUUUACUAUUAUGUUUGCAGUUCGAUUUUUAAAUCAAAGUUCCAUAGCUAUUAUAUCCUAAGUUUCAGCUUGAGAUUUUGUAUCACGUCACCUAGUAAUGUCAUCUCAUUUACUCGCUAAAAUUGUGUUCCAAGAAAUUUGUUCGCGGUUUCCCUCAACACGAUGCGGACCAAGCCAAAGCUAGCGUCAUAAUCUGUGAUCAUGGGUGCUGGCGUGAGCUAAUUUCUCCCACAAAUGCUUUGAUUUUUAUGUAAUUUUCGUCCUGGGGAGGUAGGAUGUCGCGCUCGUUGGUGGUUGUGCACAGUCUGUCAGUGACGAGGGUUGUGCACAGCCUGUCAGGAGGCGAGAUGACGAGACGCGAGUUCCUCUCACGAGAGCGACUUUGUGCUGAAGGACAGCAUGUCUUUUUUUUUUUUUAUGCUGUCGUUAAUAACGUCACAUUUUGAUCGAUUAGGUGUACAUAAGUGAUGUUACUGUCGUUCUUUCGUCCUGGGACUCUCGGGACAAUCAACUUUCUACUUUCAUCAUCCGUCACUUCCGGGGCGCUGUUUGGGCGAACUAAUUUUUUAAGCGAUUAUAGCACGCCGAGUCGGCUCGGUUAUUACAAAAGUAAAUUCAGUGUCUUGAUAAUGAACUCUAAUAAUAAAAUGAUUCUUUUUGAUUUAAGAUACCUUGCUAACCGUUACGGUGGUCAUAGUAAUUUAGGUCUUAUUCUGAUUAUUGACGUUAAGAUGAUGUUUGAUACUGUAUGUAACAACCAUGGAUGAUAAUAAAAUGAGCGUUGAA